GGCCCCAACACAGACAUCUCGGUGUAUCUUCCAGCCCCCGCUUCGAGCCCACACCCAAACCAAACAGGAGCCCACGAUGGCCCCCGCAUCCCCCGACGUCCCCGCUUGCGCCGGCCUCCCCGCCGCCGUCUCCGCCUUCGCCGACGCCUUCGUCGACUUCUCCGUCUCCGGCAUCUUCUUCCCCACCAACCCGCCUCCUCCGCCGCCCCCCGCGCCCCCCACCUUCCUCCCCUCCCCAUCCCGCCUCGUCGCCAUCGGCGACCUCCACGGCGACCUCCCCAAGUCCCUCACCGCCCUCCGCCUCGCCGGCCUCCUGCCUCCCGCCAACAGCCCCGGCUCCAGCGCCAGCUCCACCUCCUGGUCCGCUGGCCCCACCCUCGCCGUCCAGCUCGGCGACAUCCUGGAUCGCGGCGGCGACGAGCUCCGCCUCCUCUACUUCCUCCGUCGCCUCAGCAUCUCCGCCGCCGCGCAGGGCGGCGCGCUCCUGCCCAUCCUCGGCAACCACGAGGUCAUGAACGUGUCCGGCGACUUUCGCUUCGUCACGCCGCAGGGCCUGCAGGAGUUCUCCGGCUGGGCCGGCUGGUACCGCGCUGGCCUCGCCAUUAAGCGCCGCUGUGGCGGGCUCGAGCAGCCCAAGAACCCCUUCCUCGGCGUCCCCAAGGCCUUCCCCGGCAUCAAGCGGGAGUUUUGGGACGGCAUCCGAUCCCGCCUCGCCGCGCUCCGCCCGGACGGCCCCAUCGCGCGGAGGUUCUUGGCUGAUCUCCCCACCGUCCUUGUAGUCGGCGACUCGGUGUUCGUCCAUGGUGGCCUUCUUGAGGCCAAUGUCGAGUAUGGCCUGGAGCGGAUCAAUGCCGAGGUCAGCGACUGGAUCCGGGGUGAGCAUGGCAACAAUGCCAGGGCGCCAGAGUAUGUGUGCGGCCGAGACGCCGUUGUGUGGCUCAGGAGGUUCUCUGAAGGCUUCAAUUGCGACUGCCAGAGGCUUCAGGGCGUUCUUGGGAUGAUCCCUGGAGCAAAGAGGAUGGUAAUGGGGCACACGAUACAGAGCGAGGGAAUCAAUGCAGUUUGUGGGGCACAGGCCGUCAGGGUGGAUGUUGGUUUGUCGAGGGGGUGUGGUAAUGGGCUGCCGGAGGUGCUGGAGAUCAAUGGUGGUGGAUCAGAUGUGAGGGUGAUCACAACAGAUCCAACAGAAGCCUGGCAGUACCGGAAGCAGAAGCCGGAGAAAUCUGCCACGGCAUUGGAGAAGAAAGGGGAGGUAAAGGAUGGACUUGCAUUGUUGGUAAGGGAGAGCCAUGUACUGAAAGGUGUAGAAGCUAAGGCUUAGUUUAGGGGUAACUAAGAUUAUUUUGCCAACUCUUAGUUCAAUUGGAUCGCCAUGCCUAACUGGGGGUAACUCCUGCUAGAGGUGGGAGGCAUCGGUUGAAAGGUAAUAUUGGUUGAUUCAAUAUGGUUAUCCGCAGUAGAAAGGAAAGCAACCUUGAUUUAUCAAUUCCCCUUAUUUAUGAGGGUGUGCUAAUCCGAUUGCAGAUUGCUGAUGUAUACAAUUAUUGGCCAUUGUCUGAAAUGUUUUUCUUA